CUUCUUCUCUCCCUCACAGGCCCAAUACUCUCAGUAUAAGUUAAUAACCACUGCCCAUUACAAAAAAACCCCUAACCCUAGCUCACUCAAAGGAGAAGUUGCUUCCGAAAUCUCCGUAAACUCCGCCGCCGCCGCCGUCUUUUCGAAGGUUAGUUAAUCAAAAUGUCGUGCGGAGAAGUUGCUUGCACUUGCGCAUCCUUGAUCCUCCAUGACGAGGACAUCCCAAUUACAGCUGAGAAAAUUUCAGUUAUAGUAAAAGCAGCGAAUGUGAAUGUGGAGCCAUACUGGCCUCUUCUCUUUGCCAAGCUUGCUGAGAAGAGAAACAUCGGGGAUCUCAUCAUGAACAUCGGUGCUGGUGGUGGUGGUGAUGCAGUUGCUGUUGCUGCCCCCACUGGUGGCGCUGGUGGUGGUGGUGCAGCUGCUGCCCCUGCUGCUGAGGAAAAGAAGGAAGAGCCCAAGGAAGAGAGCGAUGACGACAUGGGAUUCAGUCUGUUUGAUUAGGAUCUCCUUCCAGUACGAUUUGUGGUUCUUUUCCAAAAAUUUUAUGAGACUUGGUAAUAGCAUCCUUGUUAAGGAGAUUUUUGAUCUGCUUGUCACAGUUAUAUAUAACCUUGACAUAUUAUGGGUUUAUGAACAUCAGUUAUGUUACUUUUACUUAUUGCCUAUGAGGACAAUCCAACCAUUUGUGUGU